GUCCUUCUCCCGCACACCCUGCACCAGCUGAUUCCUGUGCGCCGCGUCACUUCCGGUACAGCGUUCUGGCUAGGUACAGGAAUCUGGCAGAACACCGUCCCUCAUGAAGCUCUGGUACUCCAGGUCUGCUUGCAGGCGCUCACACACACGCAGCCCCUCCUCCUUACACAAGCUCCCGCAGGUCCCACGUAUGGUCAUGUGACCAUGAAGGAGCAUGUGACCAUGAAUGAGCAUGUGACCAGCGAUGUCACGAACCUCCUUCUAAGUACUCCAUUCUAGCAUCUACCGUUUGCGGCUGACAGGGUUAGGAAAGCAGGGGUGCGAGAAUUCUUUGGUUGUGUGAUGCCUAGUACAGCCAUGAAAAAAAAGGUCCUACUGAUGGGAAAGAGCGGCUCAGGAAAGACCAGCAUGAGAUCCAUCAUCUUUGCAAAUUACAUUGCACGAGACACGCGUCGUUUGGGUGCAACUAUUGAUGUUGAGCACUCUCAUGUCAGAUUUCUGGGCAACUUAGUGCUGAAUCUAUGGGAUUGUGGAGGUCAGGAUACAUUUAUGGAGAACUAUUUUACCAGUCAACGUGACAACAUAUUCCGCAAUGUUGAAGUCCUCAUCUAUGUCUUUGAUGUUGAGAGUAGAGAGCUGGAGAAGGACAUGCAUUAUUAUCAGUCUUGUUUGGAAGCCAUUCUCCAGAACUCCCCUGAUGCAAAGGUCUUUUGCUUGGUUCACAAGAUGGAUUUGGUACAAGAAGACCAAAGAGACUUGAUAUUUAAAGAACGAGAAGAGGAUUUAAGGCGCCUUUCCCGACCCCUUGACUGUUCCUGUUUUAGGACAUCCAUUUGGGAUGAGACAUUAUACAAGGCCUGGUCAAGCAUUGUUUACCAGCUCAUUCCUAAUGUCCAGCAGCUUGAAUCCAACUUGCGUAACUUUGCCCAGAUUAUUGAGGCAGAUGAAGUUCUAUUAUUUGAGAGGGCAACAUUUUUGGUUAUUUCUCAUUAUCAAUGUAAAGAGCAAAGGGACAUUCACCGAUUUGAGAAGAUUAGUAAUAUUAUAAAGCAAUUUAAACUAAGCUGCAGUAAGUUGGCUGCAUCCUUUCAGAGCAUGGAGGUUCGGAAUUCCAACUUUGCUGCUUUCAUAGAUAUUUUCACAUCCAACACCUAUGUCAUGGUUGUAAUGUCUGACCCCUCAAUUCCCUCAGCAGCAACUUUAAUAAAUAUACGGAAUGCAAGAAAACACUUUGAGAAGCUGGAGCGUGUGGAUGGUCCCAAGCACAGUCUCCUUAUGCGCUGAGACAUCUGUCAGAGGUCAUUAAAGGAAACCUGUCACCUCCAAAAACCAUCCCAAGCCGCCAGCAGUACCGUAGUCCGCAGUGUGUUUCUAAUGAUAAUUUUCGUUCAGCAG